AUGGCAGCUACUAAUGCAAGUGGUAUUUGUGGCUUUCUUUGGUUGACUUGUUCUCAGCUGGUUUCAUGUGGUCCUUUCAAUAAUUUUUGUUUUCAGCCUGAUCAUAUUUGUAUUCGUCAUUCUCGAUGCUUUAAUCAUCCGAUUUGUUAUCCGUCGUCGAUGGCUGAUCAACGAAUCUGUCCACCAAAAACAACUCCACCAAGACCUGGUGAUGGUAUUUGCGCCAGAGCAGCAUGGGCUCAAAAUGCUACCACUGUAGCUGGCGGCAAUGGUCACGGGCCUGCACUCAAUCAGUUGUAUUACCCUCAAGGAUCUUUUGUUGAUGAAAAUCAAACUAUUUAUGUGGUAGAUAAUUAUAAUCAUCGUGUCGUCAAAUGGGAACGUGGUGCUUCAAGUGGUCAGGUAGUCGCAGGUGAAAAUGGAAUUGGAGAUCAUGAUGACCAAUUAAAUUCCCCAUACGAUGUUUUUGUUGAUCAGAAUGGAGCAAUGUACAUUAGUGACUACGCUAAUCGGCGCGUUCAACGAUGGUCUCGAGGUGCUCAAAGUGGAGAAACGAUUCUGGGGAAUAUUUCUGCCCAUGGCAUAGCACAAGAUGAUCAAGGAUCACUUUAUGUGUCAGACACGGAAAGAAAUGAAGUGAAAAAAUGGCGUGUUGGCGAGACGACAAUUGGGCAAGUGAUCGCUUCAGGACUUAAUGCUCCACACAUGCUAUUCGUUGAUCGUAAUCGAUUUGUCUAUGUGGUCGACAGAUAUAAUCAUCGAGUGAUAAAGGUGGAUGAUGGAACAACAGAAAUCUCGAUUGUUGCUGGAGGAUCUCAAGGUAAUAGUGAAAAUCAAUUAUCAUCUCCAGAUGGUGUUGUUGUUGAUACAUUGGGCACUGUCUAUGUGGCUGAUACAGAAAAUCACCGAGUGAUGCGAUGGCCACGCGGAGCUAAAUCCGGCAGUGUCAUCGUCGGUGGACAUGGCCAAGGUUCCCAAUCUGAUCAAUUUGAUUAUCCCGGUGAUUUAUCUUUCGAUCUCGAUGGAAAUCUCUAUGUAGUCGAUAUUAGCAAUCAUCGUGUGCAAAAAUUUACUAUUGACAAGAGUUUGUGUUGCGACAUGUGA